AUGUCAGCAGGGUUGACUUUGCAGCAACAUAAUCACUACAGAAAUCUGGUGUAUCGUGGAAAAGAGUCCAAGAAGCCUCAAAAGAUCGUUUUCCUUUCCUCCUCCCUGACGACGACUAGGGUUCAGAGGGUCAGCAGCUUUAGGUUGAAGAAUCUUCUGGAAUCCAAGAGAGUCACCUACCAUCACGUCGACCUAGCCAUCGAAGAUCGCGCGGAUGAGUUUGCUAGGCUGAUCGGAACUCGCGCCCUUCCCCUCCUCCUCAUUGACGACAAGGUUCUUGGAGGAGAAGAGGAGGUGCAGUUCUUGGAAGACAUGGGGGAGCUCGAUGCGAAACUUGGGAUAGACAGAUGA